AUGUCGAAUUUGCUGGACGUUAAGCGUUCUUCUGUCUCUCGUACCCUUAAGGAGUAUGAAAUUUACCUGAAGGAGUUUGAAGGUUUACAGUCAAAACUGGAUACUUUGAAGGAAAGGGGAAACGAUCACGAGACGAAAAAGACAUUGGAGCUGUGCAAUGAAUCAGAAAGUGUUUUAAAUGACACAAAAGGAAGGUUAUUUAACUAUGCAAUAGAUCUUGAAAGCUACAUUAAAGAAGAGAGCGAUGUGUUGGAUUCCAAGGGCCUCGAGAUGGCAAAAGAAAGUCUUUUAACUCUUUCCAAGAGGCAUCCUCAAGUAGGAUAUACUUUUGGCUUGUAA